CAAUUUUAGCGCACCUGCCAACAUUAUUUUAGUGCCUAACAAUUCAAGUUGUCUCCCCGCGUUUUCUUUGAAUCCUCCUGCAUGUCGACUCGCAUAUACUAUGGACUAAUAAGAACAAUAUCUCGGUGCACAAGUCGUCUUUUAGCGAUCAGAUUCCUGUCGCCUCUGCCAUCGCACCACAUUGUCGAACCAGGGAAAGCGGGUCCUUGUCACCGGCCAGACCCUAAUUAUCAAGAUGGCUUCACUGUUCACUGCGCGGCGGAAACCCAAACGAAUCGUACGAGAUGAGCCGCCAGACACACAGGUGGACGACGUGGAAGAAGAAGACUCCGGGCCGGUAGUGAGACGGCCGACCACCAACGCGCCGAAAACGAAAUCUAAACUCCGAGUAUCCUUCAACCCGGGCGAAGAAACUACAACCGCAAACGAAGGAGAUGGACAAACAGAACGAGAGGCAGCAUCACAACCACGGUCACAACAGGCACAUCCGUCUCGGACAUCAAGACUAGGACCAUCAAGUGCGGCGCAAAGUCUCCUCAACCGCGGCGGCGGCGCCACAGAAGGCCAAGACCAUGAUAGAGAUAGAGACGGCGACCGGCCGACAUACACCAAAUCCUACCUCGAGGAACUUCGAAAUUCGACACCAUCUACACCGCGCGAUCUAACAACGUCAUUAUCACAGGAUCGGAGUCCGGCAUCAUCUUCGCUUGAACUGCUUGCGCAUGAGAGUGGUGACGGCAAUGGCUCGCUCGCACUCGACCUCGAAAGCAAAUUCGGCAAAUCCGCCCUUUCGUCAGGAUCGUCGCGGAUCCCAACGGCCGCCGAGAUCCGAGAAAAGAAAGAACGGCGGGCUCGUCUGGCAAAAGAACAGGCGGCGAAUGCGCACAACAACAAUGAAGAUGACUUCAUCCCCCUUGAAGACUACGACUCGGACGGCGAAUUCAAACCGCGCCGCAUGCAAGUCGGCUCGUACAUCCCUCACCAGACAGAAAAGGACACACGGCUUGUUCGGGACGACGAGGAUUUCGCAGAGGGCUUUGACGAAUUCGUCGAGGACACCGGCCGGGUAUCUCUGUUGUCGCGGAAAGCUCAACGAGAACAAGCCCUAAAGGGACGCGAAGCCAUUCGCUCCAUGAUCAACGAGGCCGAGGGCGGCGACUCUCUAUCUGACGGUUCAGGAGGAGAUGGUUCCGGUGACGACGAGUCUGACACCGAGUACGAGCGACAUCAGCUCUAUGAAUCCGCUCAGACCCAUCGAGCCAUGGAUGGCCUGCCCGCCCACGCCGAACACACUCGCCAGAUCAAUCGGCCCAGACAACCAAGGCAUACCACGCCCCUACCGAAACUCAGCGUCGGCCUGGCCAGAUUGCGCGACAUGGUUUCAAGUCUUGAGUUUGAGCGGGCUCGCAUCCAGAAACGUCGCGCUGAUAUUCUGCGCGAAAAGGCAGAGAUCAAAGCCAGCCAGGAACAUAUCCAGACUAGUCUGGAAGAGGCCGGUCGGGAAUUGGAACGCGUCACAAAAGAACAUUUGGAAAAGGCGAAAACUGCUGCUGCUAAUGGGACUACUACUGCUGUGCCCUCAGCAGCAGGUAAUGGUAACGGCAACGGCAACACCACGCCCAACAUCAACAUCAAUGCUGGCAGCGGCAGCGGCCAUAAUGGCAAUGGUCAAUCUUUACUGCAAUCGCAAUCGACGGCAGCGACCAUGGAAAGAGGUUUGGAGUCCUUCGGUAAUACCCCCGGAAAUACAGCCUAGGUGGUCGUUCCGUUGCCAGGACAGAUGGCUAGGCCUACUUACAGUAAUGAAUAUUAUGAUGAACUUGAGUGUAUCAUCCAUAGAUGGAUGAUACAUGACCGUCGGGAAGCACCGUGCAACGACCGAUAUACUACAGUUCGAUCCAUUGACGGAAGGAUCUAAACGUAGACCGAACACAAUUCUGUUUUUGGGGCAGCACAUAUGUUCUCAACUACUUCGUUCCUUAAGCUAAUUAUUUCAUUUCUGCAUGGGCCGGACCUGUUCCCUGAGGGGGAUCUUUCUUCAUGGUCCAGAAUUGAAUUUUAUGCCACUUACACAGCAAAGCCAGCCACCAUGUGUUCUUCAUUUCACCCUGCACUUCAAGUUCUCGAGCCGUACGGGUCAUUCCCCCACUCUCUGGCCAGGGGUGGUUUCAGCGCGGUCCUGGAUCCGUAGCAGCAUCAUCAUGUUCCAAUCUCCGCCCUGAAUUGCAGUGCAGCUCCUUUUGUCCUGCACUUUCG